GCAUCAGUGUAAUCUGGUGGAGUUGGAUGUCAGUGGGAGCUACCUCGGGCGCUUGUUUCGCCGAGCUUCCGAAAGACCACCUUCCACUUUCACCUUUGCCCACGGACGGGACUUCGCACAAGGGUCCAAGCUGUCCUAGCUCCGAAAGCCAGGCUGGAGGUUACAAGCCAAACCAUCACAACUCCACGCCCGCCCGCCUCACGCAUAGCUGUCAAAUAUACUCGAAAGAAGGAUUCCGAGAACUGCAGUCGAUAAAAUGUCUUCCGAAAAAAUUACGGUCCAUAAUCUGGCCGAUCUGAAGAACACCUCGGACGAUGCUCUCCCCAACUACCUUAACUCUCUCAAAUUCACCCAAUCCCACGCGCUCACCGACGUCCGCCUCGCACUCGGCUACUCAGCAUUUCUGAUCGCGGGCGCAUGUUUCCUCUGGGAUUACAAGCUCGGCUUCGACAGCACAAAGUACUACACAGCCGCCGCCGUGGUCCUCUACUCGAUCCUCAACGGCGCUCUUACGCUAUGGAUCUGGUUGAAGGAGGCAGGCACUGUGUAUGAGGGCACAUCACCCUCAGGUGAGAAGGUCAACAUCGCGACAUCGACAAAGAAGAACGUACCGACAUACAACAUGAAAAUCACCCUAACCUCGAAGAACGGCGAAAAGAAAGUCAUCAACCUCUCACAACCCUUCAAACAGUGGUUCGACUCGCAAGGCCGCUUCGUCGCGGUCCCCUUCCAGGAGAUCCUCGCCACCAAUAUCCCCGCCGUCGGCAAGCUCGAUCCCAAGCGCGUCACGUCCGCUUCCCAGGGAUACUCGACCGAAGUCCUCGACGCGCUGUACGCGGAGAGCACGGCGACGGGGAGCGGCGCGGAGGCGGCCAAGGGUGGCAGCAAGAGACGCAAGGCGUAGUCAGGGUCGGACCGGAGGUGAUGUGGACUUCCUGUCGCAUGGGGCUUGCCAAUAAACUUUUUGUGUAAAUUACGGAUAAUUGGAACCGUCAAAAGCAUGGAGUCUGCGUUUCUGCUUGGUAUAUUGCUUCAAAGUGCUACAGUUGCACAUCUAUGUCUCGGUGCUAAUCAUCAUUAUUCGUUCCAUCCCUUGGCCGGCUUAUGCUCUGGACAGCAUUUAUGCGUAGCAAACAAGUGUCUCUAGUCAAAUC